UAUCCAUCUUCUUCCUCGGAUUUAGGGCAUGAAAGGAGUUGUGUAUCGACGCCAAGGUCCAUGGCGUUUUUUGAAAGAAGUAUUGCAUAUAUCAUUUUUAUUAAUCUUGUCCUUCUUGACUCAGGCUUUCUUCUUUCUCUCUUGAUCUUGUAAAACAUGAAGAAUAUUGUGUUGUGUUUUUAUUUCCCCAGCCAAGCCUUUAACGACUCACCAACGGUACCGAGACUCGGCCCUCUUCUCACAUGGAAACGGGCAGUUUAUCCCGAGAUACCUUAGAGUUCGCUUAAUACACACCUACGUUGCGUAACUUGAAGGUAACGUAGGCAACCGAUGGCUAAUAUUCUUAUCUUCAUUCCUAAAAAACCAUUAUUACGACAUCGUGUACACCCAGUUAUCUAGUAACGACCAACCAAUUUUCUACAUCAUCGUAUCCAUAUAAAAAAGUACGAUAUCCGAAGUCGGAAACAAUGUCUUUGACGGUACUUUCCGACGAACAAAUCCAAGGCUUGCUGGAAAACCUAAGCCAUCCAGAGGCCGAUCAGUUCGUGGAUGUAGUCAAGAAUGCGCUUCACGAGUAUUCCACUGGCACCCAGUCCAUACAAGAUGGCACCGUUCACCAACCCGAGCGCACUGUCAUAAGCUCUAAAAUUACCGGUGCCACGACGCUAUUUAUGCCAUCAUGUAGCACACUAGGCCACGCGGUAAAAGUUGUCACUCUUUCAUCGCCGUCCGCCGACCCUUCGUUGCCUGCCAUCCGACCUACUGGUUCGGUUACCUUAUAUUCGCCUGAAGGGCCGCCCGUAGGAUUCCUUCAUGCGCAAAACUUGACUGCUUUUCGCACGGCGCUUGCUUCCUCCUGUCUUCUCAUUAAACGGGCUACGGUACGAACUUUGACCGUCUUCGGUUCGGGUUUACAAGCGUACUGGCAUAUCCGACUAGCUUUGAUGCUCCGGGGAGACAGUAUCCGUCAAGUAUACAUUAUUAACCGGCGCUUUAGCGAUAACGCAAGAAACACGUUUAAAAAGCUUUCCGGAAUACCCCGGGAAAUCAAGGAACGCGAAGGCUGGGACCAAGCAGAAUUCAGUCUCCUCACCCCAGGCUAUGGCGAGUUUGAUAGAUUACAGAAGGACCACUUGAGAGCAGCAGAUGUUAUUUACUGUUGCACGCCUAGUACGGAGGAUCUAUUUGAUGCAAGCAUCUUAACGAACCAUGAAGGCCGUAGAAAGGGUAGAUUAAUUGUGGCAGUGGGAAGUUACAAGAGAAAUAUGCGGGAGCUGCCGAAAGAGUUGUUACUACAAGCAACGAAGACUCACACGGCUGGUCACCUUCACUAUCAUAAACACGCGACAGAAGGUGGAGUCCUCGUCGUGGAUACACUAGACGGAGCGUUGAAGGAGGCAGGUGAGAUUAUUGACGCAGGCUUGGAGCCAAAGCAGCUUGUUGAAUUGGGUGAACUGGUUAUGAUUCACAGACUGGCUAAGGAAGAAGAUGAGUCAUUGGCGUCGCAGAGUUCGGAAACUUCCUCUGUAAGCGAAUCUUUCGAUAGAUCCGAUCCUGCAUCGACGGGUACGGCCAUGUCGACGGUUUAUGGAUCAGAAUCUGGAAACUCAGGUAGCGGAAGCAAGCGCUCUUCAUCUCGCAGCCCUAGCCGAAGAGGUAGUAGCGGCGGAUUUUCUCUUCCUUUCCAUCAUCGACGAAGUUCUAGCCGAGGAGUGGUUUCGGAUGACCGACAGCCGAAACAACAACCUCAGCAAUCUGGACAGGACAAUCACCUGGCGCGCUGGCUCACGGCCGGUAAUGUCAUAUACAAGAGUGUGGGGUUGGGUCUUAUGGACUUAGUGGUUGGAUUUGAGAUCAUUCGGCUCGCGAAAGAAAAGGGGGUAGGUAGCACCGUCGAGGGAUUCUCCUCUUAGUACGAAGAGCCCACCAUACCAACAACGGCUAUUUUGGAUGGUCUAGAUCUAACCUGCGGCCUGCCCGAAGAUACCGCGCUACCGAAAGAUGACAGGAUAGCUCUAACUUUUUAGACAAGUUUUUGGCCAUCUACUCUAAAGUAGGGAAAGACGAUA